AUGACCACGCCAACACCCAUGAAGCAUACUCUUUCCCAGCAGGGGAGCGGAAGGACGCCUUCGCAGACACAGCAUGGAGCAGCAGCCACUCCUCCUGUAUCCACACCCUUUUCCAUGGCUCAUGCUGCUCUAUCCCCUCACGGUUCCCGUCUCUCGCCGCAGGCAGUCAAAAAGUCCCCGGCCAUUUCGGCGGCUGCCCUGCUAAAUCAUCCUACCAGCACCAGCGCUGUCAGCUUUGAUAGUCCGUCUGCUGCCGCCGCAUUCAGCAAUUUGCAGCUGUCUGACCUGGAUUUCAAAAGCCUGGGUGGUCUAGCUGGCCUUCAGGUUGGGAGGAACACCGAGGAUGAAAAGGCCAAACGGCUAGAUGAAGUCAUCUCCAUCCUCAGCCAAAACCGCGGUUACGUCAGUGAGGCCGGCCUGGAGAGACUGGCCCAAAAGCUGGAACUCGACUGCAUGUGGGAUGAGCAUAUGGCCGGGGAGUCGAAGCGAACGCUAAUAAUAGCUGGUUCGGCCCUCGAGCUUCUCAUAGGCUUCACAGACAACAUCGUCCAGUCACUUACCUUGGCUUUCCCCGAGUCUUCGGAGAGCGUUAACAAGCACGCCGAAGAUGCAGGAAAGAUUCUUCUGGAGAACCUCAAGCUGCAGCCCGGCCAAAGCCCACUGACCAAGCAGCUCGAUAAGUUUUCGGUCAACUUUGAGCGUCUGGCCAUCUUGGAUAAGUUGAGCAUUGCCUCGGUACUUAACCUGUACGAGGCUAUCGCCGGAGUCUUUGACAGCCUGAGUCGGUUACAUCAGUGGGAGCUACAAAAGGUUCGCGAGGAUGCGUCCCUUGCCGGACGGACUGAUGAGUAUCUUCGCAACAUCGUCCUCUGUAAUCGCAGCGGAACUCCUGCCAUGAACGCCAGGGGCAAAGUAGGCAUGAGAAUUGACUACUGGAAGAAUAAGCAUCUUCAGCCCCCCCUAAACCCACAGUUGGCCGCCCAUGCUGAGAAGCACGAAAAGAUCUGGGGCAUUCUUGUCGGAUGUGCCCCCAUCAACAGGAACCUCGAUGUGAAUGUCCACCCCGUUCGGGUUUCUCACCAUUGGAUCUCCGAGAAUGUCGAGUUGCCUCAUAUUCCUGGAGAUCUACAAACGAGCCCCAUGGUACACUGGCUGGAGCCCGAAGAUACAAUUGUUCCCCCAGAUCCUGAAAAGGCUGGGGAUUCUCUCCUGGGCCCACGCCUGCCCUCGGUCACUUUCAGCGCCACUUUCGAUCCUCCUAUCCAUAUCUCCUUUGGCCUUUGGGAGCAGCUUCGGAGUAUGGGCAUCGGAAUACCAGCCAUGGACGUAUCAAAGUCCUUCGACAACCUCGUGUUCCCCAUAGCACCCGGUGGCUACUACGAUCCAACAGAACCACGAGAGAUUCACCACACAAAGGACAUCACUUACCAGUUACCAGGUUCACCAGCUUGGUUAUCGAGAAAACACGCCAACUCACUCUACAUCUACAAACCAGUAUACGGCAAGACCUUGACUGAGGCCUCCUUCUCGCACCCGCAGCACCUCAUCGCCAUGCUGCCCUACCUCAGGCAGUACGCCUUCCUCUCCACACUCCUAGAAAACAGCUUCAAAGAGGACAUGGGUCCGAAACGGACUCCCCCUCAAACCACCAUCCACCCAGACUCCUUUUCCACAAAGACCAGCACCAACCGCGACGAAUUCAACCGAUUCAUGAGCCUCUCCCCCACCCUCGUCAAAUCUCCCAGUGACGAAGCCCCAACACCAAUGGACAUCUCCACCUCCAUGUCCAUUGACGCCAGCUCUCAACCCAACCACAGCGGCACCGUACCCAUGUCCAUCGACGGCGCCUCCCAACACAUCUUCCCUUCCCAAGCCGCCCACUCCCAACCCACCUCCCACCUCUCCAACAACAACAACCAAAACCAACAAGUCCCGCUCACCAGCGGCGGCCCCAACAACCACAGUGCCCUCACCCACACCUUCACCUCUGGCCCGGACCCAGAAGCAAUCAAGAUUGACAUCAACCUGACCAUGGUACAUGCGCCCCGGCUGCAAAUCGCCUUCCCCUUCCGCGCCUCCGAGACCGCCAUCGUGGUGCUGGAGAUCCGCGAAAACGGGCAGGUGCACGUGGAAUCGCAGAACGUGCUGGACGAGCGGAACAGUGUGGCGCCAAAUGGACGGGAGAGGCGGGUGGAGGACUUGGGCAAGAUGUUGGAGACGGUGGAGGAUAUUGGGAAGUGGGUGGAGUUUGUGAGGACUAGGUGGGCUUAG